AUGGAGGUCGGCUAUGGGAUCUGUGGUCACAAGAACUCGUUCUCGACCGGUGUGAAGAUUGGGAACUAUGUGGAGGACCGCAUCGGUGCGGAGCUGGCUCGGAACAGCUCGGUCAAGCCGAUCAACAAGCAUUCGGAACACUCCGCGAGCUUCAUCAACCCUCGAGAUAUGCCCGACAAGUGCGCCCACGCUCCAGCUGAAAACCUGGUUGAACGCAACAUGCUGCGCCAAGGCCUUUCGUACGACCUCAUUUUCGAGCACGGCCGAGCCCAUAUUCCGAGCACAGCCGAGCAGAAGGCCAACAACGAGGCUGAACGGCGCAGGCAGCUAGAUAUCAAGAGAGCGCGGGAGGCACGCGACCAGCGAACCACAUAUCUUUCCACCUCGCAGGCCAUCAUUCCAACCCAAGCAGGUUAUAGGCGUUGCCACUACUAA